GUUUGCAAGAAUAUGGAAACUUUUAUUGACACAUCUAUAAAGCCUGGUUGGGUACCUUUCCACAGACUCUUGGAUGAGGGUUGCCAGAAAUCUUGUGAAUGCUGUAUUGAAGAUACAUGAAAGCCCAAUUAUGAAUGAGAGUCUAUGUCUACCUCCACCCCAGUGAUCUCGAUCCUUGUGGUGAUCUGCUGAUUCGUACUGGUUGCAGUAGGAAUCAUCCUCUAUUUUCAUAUCUAUAACUGAGUUAUUGAAAAGCGUGAGAAGAGAAAGGAACAGGAGCUAGAUAAAAUAUAUGAUGAGUUACACCAAAAUGACUGAAUUGUUUAUGGCUUUGAGUAUUCACCCUUUCCACCAGUGAAGAAGGUCAUCUUGAACCGAGCCUGUGAUGAGUCUGUGAUAGCUCAAGGAGAUUUGUGCAGGAAGGAAAAAUCUAUUUCUCCAUCUCAAAAUCAAGAAAUUCGAUUUCAUGAUUACACUCACAGAAGUUCUUUAAAUAGAAACUCAGUUUCAGGCCUUCUUCAAGACUCCUCUUCUCAAUAUACCUCCACAAACGAAAAUCUCUACAACACCAACCCAUACCAAUCAACCUUGGCUCAUUUACAAGCAGACCAGAACCCCUUCUCCAGAAGGAUCAGAGCAAAGGAUGAAGAAGAGGACAAACGGCCUCAAGACACUUGCAUCAGAGAAGAAGAUAUUGAGUUAUCAGUUAGCUCUUGUGGAGGUCCUGACUGAAACCAUCUACAGAAUCCUUCCCUUUUCAACGCCAAGAAUACAGUGAUUUUCACUGGGUCCAAAUCUGAGAGCUCUGUUUAAGCCGAAAGUAGCUGGGUUCUACCAAUUAAGUAAGCAUUUUACGU